GUUAAAUUUCGCGGUCCCCAAAUUCAGUUUCGUCAUUUCGUUUGCGUUUCAUUUCGCUUUCAUUCCGAGAAGCAGAGGAAGAAGCUCUGAUACCAUUUUUUUCUUCUUUGGUUCUCUUCUAGAUUUCUUUUCACCCCUGAUCUCUGCUUCGAUUAAACGAUUCUGGCUGUAAGACCUUCUCUUUGUAUGAAUCGGUUGACUUUCGUGGAGGUUGGAGAGAUCAGUAGAAGUUCGAUUGUAUUGCAGCUUAUCCGCCACGAUUUGAUGGCGAUUCAACUCGGUUUGUGCUGAUCCAUUGGGAAUAGGCAAAAUCUCUGAUGAAUCGAAGCAUGUGCGGUGCUCUGGAACAUAUAAACUUAUCGCAAUCUUCGUCUUCGUUUUCCUCUUGCCAAGAUAGCUCUUAACUGAACAUAUAAAAGCAAUGAAUCACCUCAACGUUGAGACCGAUGGGGCUUUUGCAAGCGUGCUGGAGCUUGCAGCCAACAAUGAUGUGGACGGUUUCCAACUAUCUAUUGUUCGAAACCUUUCUUCCAUUGAUGAGGUUGGGGAGUGGUAUGGCCGUAAGAAGGUCAUCGAGCAGCGGACUCCGCUCAUGGUCGCUGCCACUUAUGGUAGCCUUGAUGUGCUCAAUUUGAUUCUUAAACUCUCCUCUGCUGAUGUCAACCGGUAUUGCAGCCCGGACAAAACCACUGCCCUCCAUUGUGCUGCUUCUGGUGGUUCCGUGGACGCUGUUGAGGCUGUAAAAAUUCUUCUUUCCGCUGGAGCUAACCCUAAUUGUAUAGAUGCAAAUGGUGAUCGGCCAGCUGAUGUUAUUACUGUCCCGCGUAAACUUUCUAAUGCGAAGGCUGCACUUGAAGAUCUUCUUGGAAGUUCUGAUGGUGCUGUUACUGAAAUUCAUGGCCAAGAUCUUCGGGUUUCUACAUGCACAUCCAACUCGCUUUCUCUGUCAUCAUCAACAGAGGAAGAUGGAUCUCCUUCAUCCGAUUCAACCUCUUCUCCAAUGAAUGGUAAAUUUCAGGAUCAUCCUUCAUUUCCAGAGAAGAAAGAGUACCCUAUUGAUCCAUCCCUUCCUGACAUCAAGAACAGCAUCUAUGCUACAGAUGAGUUCCGGAUGUUCUCAUUCAAGGUCCGGCCUUGCUCGAGGGCUUACUCUCAUGAUUGGACCGAGUGCCCCUUUGUUCAUCCUGGGGAAAAUGCAAGGAGACGGGACCCCAGAAAAUAUCACUACAGUUGUGUUCCUUGCCCCGAUUUUCGCAAAGGGGCAUGUAGAAGGGGAGAUAUAUGUGAGUAUGCGCAUGGGGUAUUUGAGUGUUGGCUUCACCCAGCUCAGUAUCGCACGAGGCUGUGCAAGGAUGGGACUAACUGCGCAAGAAGGGUUUGUUUCUUCGCCCACACGAACGAAGAGCUACGUCCUCUGUACAUUUCUACGGGCUCAGCUGUGCCUUCGCCUAGAUCAUCCGUUUCAUCUGCAAUGGAAAUGGCUGCAAUGGGCCUGUUGCCAGGCUCUCCAUCUUCUGUUUCAGCUAUCAUGUCCUCCUUUACACCGCCCAUGUCGCCUUCUACCAAUGCGAUUUCUCACAAUUCUCUUAAUUGGCCGCAGCCUAAUGUGCCUGCCCUUCACCUUCCUGGAAGCAACCUGCAAUCAAGCAGGCUUAGGUCAUCUCUCAGCGCCAGAGACAUACCGUUCGAUGACUACUUGAUGCAGGAUUUCGAAACCCAGCAAUUGAUUAAUGAUCUCUGUGUUUCUCGUCUUAGCUCUUCAGCUGGAAACAGAAUAGCCCGGUCGAAGAACCUCGAUGAGCUUUUCUCAGCUGAGGUAUCUUUAUCUCCUAGAUGUAACUCUGAACAGGGAACCAUCUUCUCUCCCUCACAUAAGGUUGCUAUCCUUAAUCAGUUUCAGCAGCAGCAGCAAAGCCUCCUUUCACCAAUAAAAACUGGGAUGUUCUCGCCAAAGACCAAUGUGGAUCAGCCAAUUACUGGACAUUCCUCUCUCUUGCAGGCUUCUCUUGGCUUAUCUUCUUCGCCUGGAAGGAUGUCUCCACGAAGCUUGGAUACAGGUUCUCCGACAAGCUCGCGACUUGCAGCAUUUGCACUGAGAGAGAAGCAACAGCAGAAUACUCUGAGGAGUCUUAGCUCCCGUGAGCUUGGAACUGCAGCAUCUGCUGCCAUUGUGGGCUCGCCCGUCAGCUCAUCCUGGUCCAGGUUGAGUUCAUUAUCGAAACCAGUUGAUUGGGGUGCGAACGGCGAAGACAUGGGUCAGCUUCGACGAUCAUCUUCCUUCGAUCUGCGUUCGAGAGGCGAAGAGCCUGAUGUUUCGUGGGUUCAGUCAUUGGUGAAGGAAUCUCCCAUGGAGAAACCAGUGGCCCCUGCUGCUGGUACUAAUGAUGAUCACGCUGCUGUACUUGGGGCUUGGUUGGAGCAGAUGCAGCUGGAUCAGUUAGUUGCUUAGUGGAAAUUAGAGAUUCUAUUAUCUUCUCUGCUGUUUGGUAAUGCGUUCAAUGGCUUGAUAAAUAAGUUCUUUGGUUGGAAAUGGAUGGGUUAUUGGAAAGAUUCAUUUUCUUCAAAGAUUUGUUUUAUUUUACUAGAAGAGUAUUUUGGACAGGCUAAUGGAGGGAGGCAUUGCCUGGGUCAAUUGAAGGACUGCCCAGGGCAACAAUUACUUUCUCUCCAAGUUUAUUUUUUUCUGAAUUUAAAGUUAUCAGAGUUUCUAUUGCUUUUUCACUGGAAACUUCUUCCUCAUCUUCAACUCUCAGGUGUUUGCUACCAUGUUAGAGAAAGCUGCUUUUGAUUCCAGCUGAGAAGAGAAAAAUCUGAUGGAUUAUGUUUCUUCAGUUGUCGGUAUCAUGAGCGUUGUAUUUGAUUUUCUAAUGAGUCUUUUCAGAUUAAGGUCUGUACUUUAUCUUAAACAAACUUGCUUAUUAAUUUGAAUUCCAUUAUUCUUUCUAUUGC